GAUGGCCUGCUGGUGAUCGGGAGGUUUUAGCCCAAUAAAUAAAUGGUGGGACACGUUGGGGAGCGCUGGCCGACCCUGCCGAUUCUAGGAAUUUGCCCACAAAUGAUGGUGGACUAAUUAGUUAUUUGGUUUAACCUCUUCUGGCUUUUCGAAAAAUAUGUGUUACAUUUGCCACUCUCCAUCCAACAGCAAAAUUUACAAAUUUAUGGAUUAAAAAAUUGUGGCCAGUGGUGGCGUGUAGAGGUCUGUGUGGCCUUGUGGUUCUGCAAUCACAAUGAAUUAUUAUGCUGACCUUGAGCCCAGAAAAAUUGCUGGGAGGAGCUACAGUACAAUAAGUUGGCUGCUUCAAAUGUAUUGGAGUCAGAUUUAAUACAACUGGAAUUCAACAAAAGCUGUUUGUUCUCCUGGGUUAUAGAUCUACAUCAAUCUAUAAUUAAGUGACUGACUAAGAGAGAUUUUAAUUUUUUGAAGUGGGAAGAAGUUUGGCUGUUGGCAGAAAGAAAGAAUACUGUGUGCUGUAACAAUGGAAGAAGCUAAAAACAUUAAGGAUGGAGUGUACAAAUCUGGGAAAUCACCUCGCCUUGUACGUGGAGAAGGUAAGGACUUGAAAGUUACCGUGCAGAAUGACAUUGAACAAAGACCUUCGAAAAAUCUAAUUGAGGGCACUUCUCGAGACAAUGGCAAAACUGUUUCAAACUGGAACAACAAAAAGUCAAAAUGGAAUGAAGAACUAAUAGAAAGAAAGAACAAUGAAAAAGUUGCAGACAUGAAAUUGGGCAGGAGUAGCAAACAAGACAUGCCAAAUUGUAUAGCUAGCUCAAGGAAUUUAGGAGUACGGAAUAUACACGAUCAAGGUCACAGCCAAGGAAGCCGGGCAGCAAGUGGAAUGAUGUCAGUUGAGAAAAUAAAACACAAGCAAGUUAAGACACAGCAGCAACCUCUUGGGAAAUUUGCAAACUCUAACACUGGCAGUGGUUUAAAGGCUGUGAAUGAAAAGGAUUGUUUACCUGUGAAACCAAAGGAAGAGACGAAAUUGGAGUGUGCAGCACAGCCAAACAAGUCUCCUGUGCAUACAAAUAGUGAUGACAGCAUUUCGCCUGGGAAGACCAUGCAGGAUGUUAAAGAAGUGGAAAAGAAGCCAGAUGUUUCUGGUAAAGCAACUGCUGCAAAUGCAAACAAACCACAUCCUUUAGAGAAAGACAAUCCAGAAAGCGCACCGGUGAUUGAUGAGUCUAAAAUGACAGCAGAACAACAGCUUGGGCUGAAACAAGCAGAGGAAAGGCUGGAGAGGGAUUAUAUCUCUCGUCUGGAAAAACGUUCAUCAGAAUAUCCUUCAUGUCAGUACCUAUGCAAACUUUGCCUAGUUCACAUCGAAAAUAUCCAGGGAGCUCAUAAGCAUAUAAAAGAAAAACGGCAUAAGAAAAAUAUUGCAGAGAAACAAGAAGAAAAUGAGCUUCGUAACCUGAUACCACCAACACCUGACCACUUGGCUGCAUUAAAUUCUGCCGUGUUACAGGCUGCACAACAAGAAGGGAUUUCUGAGCAGGAUUUCCAAGUCCGGGAAAAUAUCGUGAACGAGAUGGAGAAAAUUAUUCAACAACAUUUGCCAGGUUGCUCACUGAGGUUGUAUGGCUCUUGUCUUACAAGGUUUGCUUUCAAAACUAGUGACAUCAACAUUGAUGUAAAAUUUCCCUCCCAUUUAAAUCAGCCAGAUGUUUUGAUACAAGUGCUGGAUAUUAUUAAAAACAGUUCUUUAUAUUCAGAUGUUGAGUCUGAUUUCCAUGCCAAAGUUCCAAUUAUUUACUGCAGGGAUAUAAAAAGUGAUCUGAUUUGUAAAGUCAGUGCAGGGAACGAUGUGGCCUGCCUUACUACUAACCUACUGGCAGCUCUGGCCAAAUUGGAGCCUCGACUGAUCCCGCUGGUUUUAGCAUUUCGGUGCUGGGCAAGGGUGUGCCACAUAGACUGUCAAGCAGAAGGUGGCAUUCCCUCUUAUUCAUUUACAUUGAUGGUAAUCUUCUUUCUUCAACAAAGACAUGAACCUCUCUUGCCAGCUUACUUGGGCUCAUGGAUUGAAGGUUUUGACUUGAAAAGAAUCGAUGAGUAUCACCUGAAAGGAAUACUGAAUGAUGAAUAUAUAUUGUGGGAGCACAGACCAGCAAACUCUGGAGAAACAAAAAAUACAAGCAAUGGAGAUGGCAAAAGCUCAAAUAAAGCAGAUCACAGAAAAUCUUCAAAUAAAAAAACAGAAAUCACUGAACCUAACAACCAAAGUAGUUCAUUGAAGGAAAAACAAGGCAAAGCUGCAUUGAAGUUUGGUUCAAAGCAUCAAGUUUCUCUUGGACACCUCUGGCUAGAAUUACUGAAAUUUUACACUCUGGAGUUUGCAUUGGAAGAAUACGUCAUCUGUAUACGGGUAAAAGAUCUUGUAUCAAGAGAGCAUAAAAAUUGGCCGAAAAGGAGAAUAGCCAUUGAGGACCCCUUUGCACUAAAGAGAAAUAUUGCUCGGAGUUUGAACAGCCAGAUGGUGUUUGAGUAUAUCCUGGAACGCUUUAGGACUGCAUAUAAAUAUUUUGCAUCUCCUCAAAUGAAAGAUGGGAUCAAGUUAAAACCAGAUGCUAGAAAAAAAGGGAAAGUCAACAAUAAAAAGCCUGCAAAAUCUGAAGAACGUUCAGGGAACUGUUGUCUGCCACAGAAGGGAACUGCAGUAGGGAGACAUGUUAAAGAACCUUCCACCGAUGGAGAAAUGACAAAUGGAACUAGUGACUGUGGAACACAAGCAUUUACUAACACAAGUGUUGAAUCUGCUGCAAAUGUUAAAAAGGAUUUUGAGCAUUUGGAAUUGAAGGGUGUUUCAUCUUCCAACAGUGGAAUUGCAGUGAAUUUUAAAAAAUGUGACCUGGAGAAACCAGAGAUUGACAACUGUACAAGAGAUCCAAGUGAAAGAUUACUCAGUUGUGAUUCAGCUGAACAAUUCACUAGAACAUUGAAGGUGGCUGAUCCUUCAGAGAGUUGUUCAAAGCAGGCAGGUCUGGAACAGUUAGGACAUGGGUCCAUGGAAAAUGUGAUGCUACCAGCCAGUUUGCAGUUGCAUAGACAUAAAGAUAGUUGCAAACUAGGAGCACAUUGCUCAGAAGGAACAAAUUGCACUGCCAGUUGUGUUUCAACUACCUCACAAACUUGCACAACAGAAACUGAAGCUCCUAGCUGCGCUGUUAUUGAUGACACUGGAAAUGCAUCAGAAACAGGGGAACUACAUUAUGUCUUUGAGAAAAGCAUUCUAACAAAUGGAAAGCCCCCAACAAUUGUGUGCAGCAUCUGCAAAAGAGAUGGACAUUCAAAGAACGAUUGCCCAGAGGAUUUCAAAAAGAUCGAUUUGAAACCUUUGCCACCUAUGAUAAAUAAAUUUAGACAAAUUCUUGAUCUAGUCUGCACAAAAUGUUAUGAUGAACUCUCACCUCUGGAGGAACAAAAUAGAGAACAAACCUUAGCAAGUUUGGAAAGAUUUAUUCGUAAAGAAUUUGAUGACAAGGCCAGGCUGUGCUUGUUUGGAUCAUCUAAGAAUGGAUUUGGGUUUCGUGAUAGCGACCUGGAUAUAUGCAUGACUUUGGAAGGCCACGAGACUGCAGAGAAACUCAAUUGUAAAGAAAUAAUUGAAGGUCUAGCAAAAGUUCUCAAAAAGCAUCCAGGUUUGAGAAACAUCUUGCCCAUAACAACAGCUAAAGUGCCUAUUGUAAAAUUUGAACACCGUCAGAGUGGAUUGGAAGGAGAUAUCAGCUUGUACAACACUUUGGCCCAGCAUAACACAAGGAUGUUGGCUACAUAUGCUGCUAUUGAUCCUAGAGUAAAAUAUUUGGGAUACACUAUGAAGGUAUUUGCCAAGCGUUGUGAUAUUGGUGAUGCUUCAAGAGGAAGCCUGUCCUCAUAUGCCUACGUCCUCAUGGUGCUCUACUUUCUACAGCAAAGAAAGCCACCAGUUAUUCCUGUUCUUCAAGAAAUUUUUGAUGGAAAAGAAGUGCCGCAGAGAAUAGUAGAUGGAUGGAAUGCCUUCUUCUUUGAUGAUGUUGAAGAACUGAAGAAAAAGUUGCCUGAACUUGGGACAAACAAAGAAUCAGUGGGUGAACUUUGGUUAGGCCUGUUGCGAUUUUAUACUGAAGAAUUUGAUUUCAAGGAGUAUGUUAUUAGCAUCAGACAGAAAAAACUUUUAACAACAUUUGAAAAGCAAUGGACUUCAAAAUGCAUCGCUAUAGAAGAUCCUUUUGACUUGAAUCACAAUCUUGGUGCUGGAGUCUCAAGGAAAAUGACCAACUUUAUUAUGAAAGCUUUUAUUAAUGGACGCAAAUUAUUUGGUACACCUGUAUAUCCACAUCCUGGCAUGGAAACAGAUUACUUUUUUGAUUCGAAAAUUCUGACUGAUGGGGAGUUGGCACCAAAUGAUAGAUGUUGUCGUAUUUGUGGGAAAAUUGGACAUUACAUGAAAGACUGUCCAAAGAGGCGGCGAAUGAAGAAGAAAGAAAAUGAGAAAGAUGAAGAGAAGGAUUCAAAGGAAGAAGAAAAAGAACUAAGAGAGAAACGAUGCUUUAUCUGUGGUGACACUGGUCAUAUGAGAAGAGAUUGUCCAGAAUACAGAACAGCCCGACCAAGGAACAACACUGUGUCUGUUCCUCAGGCUGCACGAAAUAUCACGAAUAUACAGACAGUCACAACUUCCCAGCCAUCAGCAUCACAUUCAGGGCAUCAUCAGGAUUUCCCACAAUGUACCAGGCAACCCUCGGAAUGUUCAGAACCACAUCAGACGCCUUCUUAUUCUCCUCAAACUGCACAUCAGCAAUUAACACCAAAUUCAUCUCAAACAGCUUCUAUUUCCCAUCCACAGACCCAACAAGCUGCUUCUCAAAAUAAGCUAGCACAGACACUUGCUCAACCAACUCAUCAGGUUCAAUUGCCCUUGUUUCCAUAUCCUCAGCCUCACCCAGGUCAGUAUUCCAAUCUACACAGCCUGGGUUUAAUACAGUCACACCAACCACAGCACCAGGUACAAAUGCCCACUAACUCUUGGCCUGCUGUCCUUCACUCUGCAUCUGGUAACCAUCCCAACAUUACUUUCCCAAUGCGGUCUAGUAGCAACACAGCUAAUCCCAACAGUAUGAAUCUCAAUGAUCCUAGUAUCAUCUUUGCUCAGCCUGCUGCCAGGCCCAUGGGUAUCUCCAACACUCCUCACGAUGGACAGUGGCACAAUCACAUGACUCGCAGCACACUAGUGGGAAAUGGCACUCUGGGAACUUCAGAUCAAAGGUUUCAGGGACAAUUUGCAAAACUAAAUCCUCCACCCAUACCUUGGGAGCAUCAUCCUCUUCCUCAUUUUCAAGCACCGUGGCCUUACAGAAUGCCUCAGAACUUCAUUCAGCAGGGAAAUACGAACUAUCCUCAGCAGAACAAAUCCUACUAUUCUCAAGGUCCUACGAUCCACAGUAACCAGCAUUUUCCAAUCAUGCCGCAAGGGAGAAUACGGAUGAACUACAUUCAACAAAAGAAGUGACUUAAAAAGAAUUCCACACCAUGAUACACAGUUACCGAACCCCACUCACUUGGGAAGGGGGAAGCAGGAAAUUAUUUUAAGACUGUUUUUAAACUGUAUGAUUUGUACAUAGACCAAACCUGAUUGUAAUUUUUACUAGUUUUUUUGUUGUGAUGCAUCACAAUGUGACUUAUGAUACAGAUCACAUCUAUUUUAAUGCCUCCCAUUUUUGAAGGUGGGGCAAAAUCAUUUUUUCUUUGAAGCUGAUGGAACUGUAAAAAAAAAGCUUUUAAAAAAACUGGAUUUAUUUUCUCUUUGUUGUAUUCAUACUUUGGCUGCCUCAGACUUUGUAUAUGGUUCUUAAAAAAAGAAAAUAUGGUUUAAAGAUGGUCAGCUGCAUUCAGAGCAAAAGUAUAUAGUGCCAAAUGCCUUUUAAAAAUAAACUGUAGCUUUUUAAAAAA